AUGAUCAACUCUGAGUUCGACCUCAGAGAAAGUGUACAUCACGAACUAAUGACAAUCAAAAUGCAUAAAAAUGCAGCGGAAAGACUAUCUUGUGACGAAUCUUUACUCGCUAAAAAGGGGAAGUUCUCUAGAGCCGACAUCAGCGAUUUAAUAUCAGUUGUCAAUGAAUCGCAAAUUAAAAAGUGUUUGGUUGUACUCGGAAAAAAUCAAUUAGAACAGGAAAUCGCUGAACUGUUGUGGAACGAUUUAGUGAAAGUGUAUAAAACUGCCGAUGAUAUCCCGGAGGAUAAGUUACAGUCACUAGGAUGGAUAGCGAUGGGAAUACCUGCUCGUGAUUUUAUGAAUUUAUCGCUGACCGAUAUCGAAACGAUAGCAGCGUUUGGCCAGUGGAGAAAUUUUUCCAGAGAACAGCUCACGUCUCUGAAACAAGCGAUAGAUUACCAGUGGAGUUACAAAGGACCUUCCGACUUAAGUAGUUAUGAUCUGUCUGCUUUAGGUCAUGUCUUGUGUGCGUUUAACACAACGCAGUUAGCCGCCAUUCAACCAAUAGCAUUCAAGGAGGCGGCGACGGACAUAUCGAAUCUCAUUAACUGUCCCAAAGAGGUCAUAAGGCAAUUAGCGACGUUGGCCACCAGCAGUGAAGCAUUCGGCGACCCUUCCGAAUGGACGGCCAUCCAGGUGGCGCUGAUCGGUUGCGUGAUAGCCGGUUUGGACUCGGUGCAGCAAAUACACGCCGAAGCAUUCGAAGGUCUGUCCGCGUCCAGUAUGAAAUGCUUGCCGAGUCACACGCUGCAGGCGAUAUCGGCAGACCAAUUGUCGCACUUGUCGUUGUCCGCCGUCAACGCGCUUACGCCUGCGCAGCGUUCGUCGUUGGACCUCGAACAGACGAAAGCUAUCCAGGGGACGGUGAAAACGUUCGGCAGCGUCUUGCGCAGCGGCAGUUCCUUUGUUCGCGCGAAUCACUGGUCCAUAUACGCCGCAAUGGUGGUACAUUUCGGAUGGUCAACGAUACUGCUGUUCGUGCAUCAAUCCCGUCCACGUCAAUAGCGUAUUCGUGUUGUGAACACGAACAAUCGAACAACCGUUGGACGUGAUAUUUGCAAGUCAAUUACAG